GGUCUGAGUCCGUUUCAGGAAGCGGGCGUGGACGCAGCGCUCUCGCGGGCGGGCUUUAGGACCCGGCCGGGCACGGCGGGCGGGGAAGGGUCGCGCCGUGGGGGGAAGAGUUCGGGCGCGCGUCCGGGAUCCUGAAGCGGCGGCGUCGGGGGCGACGCGAGCGAGAGGCCCCGGGAGCGGCGCGGCAGGUGGAGGAGGAGCCCGAGCCUCGCUUCUCUAACCAUGUCACAGGUAGAGAAACGAGGGGGUUUGCUCCGGAAAUCUUCAGCAUCCAAAAAACCAUUGAAGGAAAAAGUCGUGUUGAUGUAUGAUGAAAUCUUCAUGGCAGAGGACCCCAGUAAGUGCACUCCUCGAUUUUGGGAGGAACUCUUCCUCAUGAAGGUGAAUUUAGAGUACCUGGAAGACAAGCUGGAAUCUCUUGAUGGCGAGGAGUUAAUGAAGAUUAAGGACAAUAUUAAUUGCUUGUUUCAACACUGCAUCCAGGCUUUGGGAGAAGAGCAUCCGAUUCGAGUUGUCAAUGCUUUACAGACCUUGUGUGCACUUAUUCGAGGAGUUCAUCAGAAGAAUAAAUCUACCUCUGGGUUUGACAUUAUCAACAUGUUGAUGGGCUUUGACAAGGCGGAGCUGUGCAUGAAGAACUUGAUGGAGAGUUUGGAUUCAUUGCUUUGCGCAGAAGGUUCUGAAAGUCUGAAGAGUUUAUGUUUGAAGCUUCUUCUUUGCUUAGUGACUGUGACAGAUAACAUCAGCCAGAACACUAUCCUGGAGUAUGUGAUGAUCAACAGCAUAUUCGAAGCAAUUUUACAAAUACUCUCCCACCCUCCAAGUCGCAGGGAGCAUGGGUAUGAUGCAGUUGUCCUCUUGGCAUUGCUGGUGAACUAUAGAAAAUAUGAGUCUGUGAAUCCGUACAUUGUGAAACUAUCCAUUGUGGAUGAUGAGGCUACGCUCAAUGGAAUGGGGCUUGUGAUUGCUCAGGCUUUAUCUGAGUAUAACAGGCAGUAUAAAGACAAAGAAGAAGAACAUCAGAGUGGGUUUUUCUCUGCUUUAACAAAUAUGGUGGGCAGCAUGUUCAUAGCAGAUGCCCAUGAGAAGAUCUCAGUACAAACCAAUGAAGCUAUCCUUCUGGCACUUUACGAAGCUGUUCAUUUAAAUCGCAACUUCAUCACAGUGUUAGCCCAGAAUCAUCCAGAAAUGGGCUUGGUGACAACUCCUGUCAGUCCUGCCCCAACAACUCCUGUCACACCACUUGGGACCACGCCACCCUCUUCUGAUGUUAUAAGUUCUGUGGAACUCCCACUGGAUGCAGAUGUACAGACCAGUAAUCUGCUGAUAACCUUCCUGAAGUAUAGCUCGAUUGUCAUGCAGGACACCAAAGAUGAGCACCGACUUCACAGUGGCAAACUUUGUCUGAUUAUCCUUACUUGUAUUGCAGAGGAUCAGUAUGCCAAUGCAUUUUUGCACGAUGACAACAUGAAUUUUCGAGUAAACUUACAUAGAAUGCCUAUGAGACACAGAAAGAAGGCAGCAGACAAGAACCUCCCCUGUCGCCCUUUAGUAUGUGCAGUAUUGGACUUGAUGGUAGAGUUUAUUGUAACACACAUGAUGAAGGAGUUUCCUAUGGAUCUCUAUGUACGCUGCAUUCAGGUAGUACAUAAACUGCUUUGCUAUCAGAAGAAGUGUAGAGUACGCCUGCAUUACACGUGGCGGGAACUCUGGUCAGCUUUGAUAAAUUUGCUGAAGUUCCUUAUGUCAAAUGAGACCGUCCUUUUGGCCAAACACAACAUUUUUACCUUGGCCCUUAUGAUUGUGAACCUAUUUAAUAUGUUUAUCACAUACGGCGACACCUUCCUGCCUACCCCUAGCAGCUAUGAUGAGCUCUACUAUGAGAUUAUUCGCAUGCACCAGAGCUUUGACAAUCUGUACUCCAUGGUUCUGAGGCUUUCUACCAAUGCAGGCCAGUGGAAAGAAGCAGCUAGCAAGGUGACCCAUGCAUUGGUUAAUAUCAGAGCCAUCAUCAACCACUUUAACCCCAAAAUUGAAUCUUACGCUGCUGUGAAUCACAUAUCCCAGUUGUCAGAGGAGCAGGUGCUGGAGGUGGUGCGCGCCAACUACGACACCCUCACCCUGAAGCUGCAGGACGGUCUGGACCAGUACGAGCGCUACUCGGAGCAGCACAAGGAAGCGGCCUUCUUCAAAGAGCUGGUCCGAUCCAUUAGCACCAACGUCCGGAGGAACUUGGCCUUCCACACGCUCAGCCAGGAAGUCCUGCUCAAGGAGUUCUCCACUAUCUCCUGAGACCACACGGCACUGACCCGCCACUGACUGUCCUUACCCACCAAGGGGCUGUCCCCAAGGCUGGAGAAAACACAGACACUGAGUCUGUCAGGAUGGCAUCAGAGAUUGUACAGCAGGGACCAGGAGGGGCAGACCAGGGCUGUCCUGACGAGGGGAGGGUUGGGGGGGCAUAGGGAGAAGUUAUCAAGAAUGUGGGGGCGGGGCUGGAACCGUAGUAAGCGGGUAGGGCAUUUGCCUUGCACGCGGCUGACCCGAGUUUGAUCCCCAGAAUCCCAUAUGGUCCCCCAAGCACCGCCAGAGGAAUUCCUGAGUGCAGAGCCAGGAGUAACCUCUGAGUGUUGCCGGGUGUGACCCAAGAAGCCAAAAAAAAAAAAGUGGGGGCUUCUGGGAUGGCUGCCUUGGCACUCCCACGCAUUUCCAGUUGAGGUAACAAGUCGUAGCUACUGAUUAAUUUUUAGACGCUGUUGGGACAAACCUUAGGGUGAAGCCCAAGACCCUGAGGGUUGAUGGCUCAUUUUCCCAAAGCUUCUGAAAACACUCUCCGAUGCAGCUUCCUCUGAGCUGGAAUUACGCUGAGCCUGUCCCUCGAGGGCCCCCUGUCCUGCCUUCAGGACCACCCUGAGUUCAGGCGUCGUGCAUGGCGGGAGCGGGCACCUCUUUUCCUCUUCUCUAAACCCUGUGCUGACUUCUGGAAUCAGGAGGUAAGAGCCCACGGGGUGCGCUGCUGCCCGCCACCACUUUCUGGACUCAGCCCUCGCCCCAGGAGCUUGCCACGGACCCCUCAGCACUCCAGAGUCACCUCCGUAGCUUCCCACCCGAGUCUGGCCUGAACUGUCUUUAGGGAUGCGUGUGAAAUAAACAUUGACGGGUUUUCUGGAGCUCUCAGGUGCCUGCUUGGCUGGUUCCCUUUCCAGCAGCGUCCCCACCUCGCCGCCCCCUCCUCUGGAAGCCUCUCCUGCCGCUGCGAGCUCUCCUCCACGUGUCCCACCCCCUCACCCGGCUGUUGUUUACAUCCAGCCCGCAGAGAGUUUCCUCUGGGGAGGACCUGUUCCUACUGUGGCCUGGCACCGGAGGGAGAGGACUGCCCGGGAGGGGCAUCUCCUCCUGAGAGGCCCAAGAGGCCCCCCUGUCCACCUCUUCUGAGGAAGGGGCACCGGUCUGUGGGUCCUCCUUGGGACUGCUGUGGUCUUUCCUGCCCCACACCUGCUCUGAGAUCUUCCCUUUUGAAAGCACUUUCCAAAGCCUUCCGGAGGGCAGCCCCCGGCGGACCUGGGACUCCAGCCGGAGAGCUGUUGCCUCUGGUCUACUGGGGACGCUAGCUCUCCCUGGCCCGGAGUUCCGGCUCCAGCGGCUCACCAGCACGCUGCCACCAACAGAGGCAGAGUCUUCAGGUGGGGCUGGGUCAUCUCCGAUCACCAGAAACUGCUGGGCCUGGGCAAGCAGUGUUUCCACCGAAACCCGCGAUCAGCAACCCGUGGGCGGAUGGCAAGUUGAAGUUAUUAAAAAUUGAUUUGUACGGGA